AUGUACUAUCCGCCGCAAGGUCCUCCUCCGCCAGGGCCGCCGCCAUGGGGAUAUCCGCAGGGCCCUCCAAGCUGGUCCCCGCAACCCCCGCCUCAGCCCUACGGACAGCCAUAUCAUCAUCAGCAUCAUCACUCCUACUCCAACCCGCCGGCGCCGUACCCUCCACCAGGCCAGCCCGGACCGCUAGGGCCCUAUGGGCAUGUGCCGUCGCCUCAACCGUAUGGUCACACGCCCUCGCCGCUGCCGUACGGCCAGCCGUCGCCGUACCCGCCGCCGCCGCAGCAGCCUCAUUUGGGAGCUCCCCGUGAUGGUCCACCCGGCGCUAAUUCACCCAAUCUGCCUCCGCCGCCGCCGCAAACCCUGCAGCAUUUCGGCCAGGGUGCCCCCUCCAACUACCAAUUCCAGUACUCCGCUUGUACCGGUCGUCGGAAGGCACUGCUGAUCGGCAUCAACUACUUUGGUCAACCCAACUCGCUCAAGGGCUGUAUUAACGAUGUCACCAACAUGUCCAGCUUCUUGCACCAGCGAUUUGGAUACCGCCGCGAGGACAUGGUCAUCCUCACUGACGAUCAGCGCAACCCGAUGAGUAUUCCAACCAAGACGAACAUUCUCCGCGCCAUGCAGUGGCUCGUCAAGGACGCUCAGCCCCAUGACUCCCUCUUCGUCCACUUUUCCGGUCACGGCGGCCGGACUCCGGACCUCGACGGCGACGAGGACGACGGGUACGAUGACGUGAUUUACCCGGUCGACUAUCGGACCGCCGGGCACAUCGUCGACGACGACAUGCACGCCAUCAUGGUGCGACCCCUGCGGCCCGGUGUGCGGUUGACGGCCAUCUUCGACUCGUGCCACUCCGGCACCGCAUUGGACCUGCCGUACAUCUACUCCACCCAAGGCAUCCUCAAGGAGCCCAACCUGGCCAAGGAGGCCGCACAAGACCUGUUCAGCGUCAUCAAUUCCUACGGGCAGGGCGAUCUCUCCAGCGUUGCGUCCACGGCCAUCGGGUUCUUCAAAAAGGCGGCCAAUGGCGGACAAGCGCGCGAGCGCACCAUCAUGACCAAAACGUCGCCGGCCGAUGUGGUGAUGUUUUCGGGAUCCAAGGAUACACAGACUUCGGCGGAUACAUUCCAGGACGGCCAGGCGCGGGGCGCACUGAGCUGGGCGUUUAUCAAGUCCCUGCAGCAGUGGCCGCAUCAGAGUUAUCUGCAGCUGCUGAAUACGAUCCGGGCGGAGCUGGACGGGAAGUAUACGCAGAAGCCGCAGCUGAGCUGCAGCCAUCCCCUUGGUAAGUUGACUGCCGUGCUACCGACGAAGCUCGGGCUGACAUGUUCGGCAGAUACCAACCUCCGCUUUGUGAUGUAA